UUCUUCAUAAGUUCACUCUCUCACCUUGAUCCUGUGACGAUACUCUUCCACUUACCCUACACCAUAUCUCUUUCUUCUUCUUCUUCAUCGUCCUUGAUCUAAUUUCAGCUCACUCGCCACUGGAAUUGCUAGAUUCCGUUAUUUGAAAGUCACUCAGAUUCAAGCUCUCGAGAUCUGUUUGUUUCCCGAAGAAAACAGCUUGUUUUCACCGUCUUUGAUCCUCUGCUACUCCUGAUUUACCUCGAACCGUGUGAUCGGAAAUCGAGAAAUCAUAUAAAAAUGGGUAAAACCGCCGGGAACAGAGACUGGACUCAGAUCUACGCGAUAUACGGGAUUGAACAAUGGCAGACGCUCGUCUUCCUCCUCUUCCAUGCCUUCUUCUUCUCCCUCCUCUCUGUUCUCUUCCUCAUCUACUUCGACCAGAUUUGCCUCUUCCUCGAUUCCUUCUUUCUCUCCGGCGCCGCCAGACUAGCAGCUGGUUUCACCGGCGCCGUCACGGCUCUCUCCGCCGUCUGUCUCCUCUUCGCCGCCGCUAAUUUCGUCUACUCCGACGUUCCUCUCCAGUACGAGAUGGCUCAGCGCAUGGUCAGUUCCGUCGGCGACUGGUCCUGUGUCAAGACGGCGCUCGAUCUCGGCUGCGGCCGCGGCAUCCUCCUCAAUGCCGUCGCCACACAGCUCAAGAAAACCGGUAGCUCGGGUCGGGUCGUCGGGUUAGACCGCUCCAAACGCACCACUCUCUCCACUCUCCGCACCGCCAAACUUGAAGGUGUGCAAGAGUAUGUGACUUGUAGAGAGGGAGAUGUGAGGACGUUGCCGUUUGGGGAUAACUAUUUCGACGUGGUGGUGUCGUCGGUGUUCGUACACACGGUGGGGAAAGAGCACGGGCAGAAGUCGGUGGAGGCGGCGGCGGAGAGGAUGAGGGUGCUUGGUGAGAUCGUGAGGGUUGUGAAGCCUGGAGGCUUGUGUGUGGUUUGGGAUCUGUUGCACGUGCCGGAGUACGUGCGGCGUCUUCAGGAGCUGAAGAUGGAGGAUAUCCGAGUCUCCGAGCGAGUCACGGCGUUUAUGGCCGGAAGCCACAUCGUGACUUUCCGGAAACCCAGUGAACUCGUCGCCGGACCCCGUGAAGUCCGCCUCGAUUGGAGAUGAUGACGUGGCUUUUUUUAAAACGGAUGUUGUGUCGGUUCGUUUAUAUAGAAAACGGCACACGUUGUCCAAGUCUGGAGGUUCGAGACGAUAUAAUUGUUAUAUACUUUAAUUACGAGUCUAAAAACUAGAAAAUAUCAAAUGUAUGUAGCGUCUGGGGAGGCCAAGCGGAACCAGAUCCUUUGUUGAAGAGGCUAAUCGCUGAGUUUACGUUUUGAUAUUGUAUUUAUAUAAACGAUAGUACUAUCAUCAAACAAUCUAUUCAGCGAUAGUCUCUUAUUAUUGCGUUAGCGUUUCA